AUGAUGGAGGAAAUAUUUAACCACAGCGGAGCGCUCAACCGAAGUUCAGCGCUCGAAGAUAUCGAUGUAACCGCGGAUGGCUCCCCCAUCCUGAGGAUACUCAUAUCCGUGGUGUACUCUGUAGUUUGCGCGGUGGGUCUGGUGGGUAAUCUCCUAGUCUUUUUUCUUAUGAGAUUACGACAAGGUCGAAAGAGGUCCACUAUCAAUGUUUUCAUCAUUAACUUGGCAUUGACGGACUUCCAGUUUGUUCUCACUCUGCCCUUCUGGGCCGUGGACACCGCGCUGGACUUCAGCUGGCCGUUUGGAGACGCCAUGUGCAAAAUCGUUCUCUCGGUCACUGUGAUGAACAUGUACGCCAGCGUGUUUUUCCUCACUGCCAUGAGCGUGACCCGCUACCUGGCCGUCGCCUCGGCUCUAAAGAAAAAAGCGCACAGCAGAUCACGGUGUGUGAAGUGGGUGUGCGCGGUGCUAUGGGUGGCGGCAACAGUUGCCACUGCUCCAACAGCUAUAUUCUCCGCCGUGACUGUGGUGGCUGGAGAAAAACUCUGCCUCCUCAAGUUUCCUGAAGGACACGACUGGCUCGCCCUCUAUCACAUCCAGAAAAUAUUGAUAGCCUUCAUUAUCCCCAUGCUAAUUGUCUCUGUUAAUUACUUGAUGCUGCUGCGCUUCGUCAGGCGGAGGAGCAUGGACAGCAGCAACCCUAAACGGAGAUCUAGAGUCACCAAAUCUGUCGCUGUAGUAGUUUUGUCUUUCUUCUGCUGCUGGAUGCCAAAUCAUGCCAUCACCUUCUGGGGUGUCUUGGUCAAGUUUAACGCAGCCAACUGGGAUACGUCGUAUUACAUGGUGCACACCUAUGUGUUCCCGGUCACCGUGUGCUUGGCGCACGCAAACAGCUGCUUAAACCCGGUACUUUACUGCCUGAUGAGGCCGGAGAUCAGGAAAAUGCUGAGCGGAUUGUUUUGGAAAGCCUCCACUCCAUCCUCCACAAAAGGCUGCGCGACGCGCUCUGUUACACAGGGAGAAACCCAGGGAGCCGUGCCUCUCCAGAUUAUGGACAACGCAGAGUAUACGCUGUCCAUCAUAGACCGUAAGGGUUUAUCAGCCUCUAAAAUAAUCCCCUAUUCUCGUUAACUUUAGUCUCGUGAAAAAUAAGCCGCCACUUUUUUGUCCACCUGUAGCUGUCAUUAUUACGCACUCUCUGCUCUCGCUGCUGUCCCGGUCAGGAUGUUUUAAGGGUUUGCAUCGCAGAUUCACACAGUAUGUGCUUUUCAUCGUGAUAUAGACUGCAUGAGAAGUGCAGAGUGGCAUUUGUUUCACUGCUACACCAAAAGUACCCACACACACAGUUUUAAGGGAAAUUUUCGUUGUCGUUAUUGUUAAGAACAGCAAGACUUAACGAGAUGAGAGAAACUGGAACGGCGGAGAAAACGUCCUAGACGGAAAUCCAGCUGAGGACAUCAGGAGAUGCAGCGUUCCCAGCAAAAUGUGGGACCUUGAAAAUGACCUGAAUGAAUGCAUUUUUAUUUUAUGGUUAAAGUUGUGGUGUUUUCCAUAAUGCCCUAGCUGUUAACCGUGUCUGUAAAUAAGUAGCUUUUUCUAUCGGAGGUAGCAAGUGGUUGAUUUUUACUUUCA